UGGGUGGCGCGUCGCUCUGGUGUGCACAGUUCGGGAAAGUGUCAUCGGCACGCACACAGCUCAACUCUUUACAGACCGACAAACUUUCACUGCCGGCGGUACGAGCGUUUCACCGCUGCUGCCUCUCGGAACUCCGUAUCCCGACGCGAGUGAGCGAGACCCGCGACAGUCUGCUAUGAGAAAAUGUCCGUGAAUGAUGUAUACGUGUUCCGGCCGUUCAAACUCAUCGCUCUUCUCUGCGUGUUUCUCGCACUUUGCCUGGACAUUGUCGCGCUGCUGAGCCCCGCGUGGGUGACGGCGGAUGGAUACGCGCUGUCGCUAUGGGAGUCAUGCAGGGAGAUCGACACCGACUGGACCUGUGCCUCCACCCUAAAGUCUGACUGGCAAAUAGCGACGCUGAUAUUGUUGUUAGCCGGAGCAUCUGUGACAUUAGUGGCAUUUCUUAUCGCACUGAUCUCUUUGUGUAAAGGCACACACAGAAGACACUAUCGUAUGGUUGCAGUGUUCCUCUUCUCAGCAGUGGUCCUCCAGGCGUGUGCUCUGGUUCUCUACCCGAUCAAAUUCAUUGAUGGCAAAGUCUUGCAAACGUAUCACGAGUUCAACUGGGGCUACGGGCUGGGCUGGGGCUCCACCAUCUUCAUGCUGGGAGGAGGAAUCUUAUUAUGCCUUAGAACAGACAUAUAUGAAGAUGCCAUGUACUAAGGGCUCCAAUACAUGAUCAUGCUCAGUAGACUCAAACAUUAUAUCUGUCAAAGCAAGCAAGUAACCAAUCUCUAUUACAUACAGCACAGGAUACCUACAUGCAGCACACUCACAACACAUACAAAACGUUCCAACCCCAUGUCAUGAGAAUUCAUAAAUAUCCAAACAUCACCAUAAAUCUCCACUCCCUACACCUAACCCUUAGAGGCGAAGAGACCAUUCAAAAUCAGAUGAAUUUACAUUCAAAUCAUGUCAUGUGACUGUGUUGGCUGCUUCCCAAUGCACAUGCUUACAGUAUGAAAUGCAUUGUUUGCAUUUGUGUGCUCUUAAAAAUAUCUAUUGGCAUCGAUAGUUCAAUGAGCGCGUUUAAAGAAGUAGUUUACUCACCCCCAUGUCAUCCAAUAUGUCCAUGUCUUUCUUUCUUCAGUUGAAAAGAAAUGAAGGUUUUUGAU